CGAUACUCCUCCGCUCACAUGUCUAUGAAGUGCUCUGCAACUUUGAAAAUGUCUUAAAGCAAGCCGAUAGAUGACUACAGCCUGUUUCGCGGUAAAAUUUAGGCGUAAUAGAAUUACUAGAGUAGAUUUAGCAGCUUCACUUUCCUCAACACGACCAUUAUGUUGCCUUGGAAGAAGAACAAGUUCGAGCUGAUCGAGGAAGACAAGCAGCAGUCCAAGCAGAAGGGCUAUGCCGUGAGCCUCAACUACUCCGCGCUCACCUCCUUCGCCAAAUCUUGCCCAGAAAGCGCGCUCAACAGAGUCGGGAGCAUGUUCAAAUCCAAGAGGAAAAAGGUGAAGAUCACCAACGAGGACCCCACGUACACGGUCUUGUAUCUGGGCAAUGCCACCACCAUCCAGUCCAAGGGGGAUGGAUGCACGGACGUGGCCGUCAGUAAGAUCUGGGGCAAGAGCGAGAUGGGCAAGAACGGCACCAAGAUGAAGCUGACCAUCAGCUCGCAGGGCAUCCGCAUGGUCCACGUCGACGAAAAGGCAAAGAGACCAGGACACCUGUAUUUAUUGCACAGGAUCACCUACUGUGUCGCAGACCCGCGGCUUCCCAAGAUCUUCGCCUGGAUCUACCGGCACGAGAUGAAGCACAAGGCGGUGAUGCUGCGCUGCCACGCCGUGCUGGUGUCCAAGCCGGAGAAGGCGAAGGCCAUGGCGCUGCUCCUCUACCAGACCUCCGCGACAGCGCUGGCCGAGUUUAAAAGACUCAAAAGAAGGGACGACGCCAGGCACCAGCAACAGCAGUUGAUCGGGGAGCAAACGAUUCCCCUGGUGCCCCUGAGGAAGCUGCUUAACGGACAGUGUUACUACAAGCCCCCGGUGGAGCGCAGCAGGAGCGCACCCAAGCUGGGCUCCAUCACGGAGGACCUGAUCGGGGAGGAGGAGGAGGAGAAAGCCAUGCACUUUGAGUGCGAGGAUAUUCUGGACACCGUCAGCGACUGUGUGGCCAACGGCAAGCAAGAACUGUGCCAGAUUAUCAAUGACUUGGGCUCCAUGAGUAUAGGGAACGACGUGCAGAUGCUAAAAGCCGAUCUGAGGGUGACUCGCCUGCUGUCUGGGGAGAGCACAGGCAGCGAGUCUUCCAUAGACAGCAACCAAGAGACCGUUUCUCUUGCCAAUGGCACUGUGGAUAGGAAAAUGCAAGAAGUCGGUUGACCUUUCUUGAAUAUAAUAAAGACACGAUGCUUCGUGGUAAAGAAGAAAAGCGCUUGGGUGCACGAAUGUGCCAUUAAAUCCACUUGACUUGAAAGCGCAACGUUAGGAUUCACGGGGUGUGUUUUAAAACCUAGCGAUCUGCCUACCUAGACAUCAAAUUUGGGCCAAAACUGCUGCUCUCUGUAAAAAAAAAAAAAAAAGUUUAUUAAAAUUUGAUUGCCGCCUGAAGUAAAAUCAAAGUGGUGCCA